AUGGGGACCCACGACAGCGUCUUGUGCAGGUUCGUCUUCUGCGGCGCCGAGGACGACGAGCCAUCCAGUGUGCUCCUGCCGCAGGGUGCGACCGUCGCGUCAUUGCGCCAUGCGUUCCCCUUCGAGGGCAAGUACCACUUCCGCCUCCAAGAGACCACGAGCGGCGGCUACGUGUGGCGUGACCUCGGCGACGACGCCGAGACUCUGCCGUCGGGCCACGUACUCGUGAAGGUCCUGCAGCUUUCGUCCUCUCCACAAGCGUAUCCGAUCUACAGCUCGCAAAUCGACGCGCCCGAGUACGAGCAGUUUGAGCACUUCUUCCGUGCGUCGCCGGUCAAGGCGACGUCAAAGGGCGGCCUCAACUCAAUGUGGAAGAGCCUCAAGGCCUCGGGCAAGGAGCAGCUUUCCAAAACAAGCGCGCGCGUUUGGGAGACUGUCGAGUUUACUGCCGGGCGCUACUUCAACUCGCAGUCGGGCGACGAAAAGCCGUCGGCCGCAGCACUCCAGCAACUCUCGGCGGCGGCGAGCCUUAGCCGCGCAGUGUUUUCGGAUGCAAACCGCGACCACAUGGAUCUUCUUCGGCGUCUUUGGACGAGUAUUCAUGGCGACGCCAGCCCUCCCGCAUGGACUGAGCUUGGAUUCCCGUCCGACGAUCCGAUCUCCGUGCUUCAAAACUCGCCGUCCAGCGUCUUUACUCUCCACGCGCUCGUAUUCUUUUGCGAAGUUCACCGCAGCGCAUGCCUCGAGAUGCUACCUCCACGCCCAGCGUACGCGUUUGCCAUGGUCGCUCUUCAUCUCGGCGCUCUCAUCGCGGACCUCCUGGACCUUCCAACCGGUCGGUUUGUCGAACGUGACGAGGUGUACUGGCGGCUCUUCGAAGACCCAAUUGGCCUCCGCGAGCUCUUUUCUGUCUCGCUGCAUGCAUAUGACGACUUCCACCGCCAAGCUCAAGGCUCGUUCCAGAGUGCGAUGGAGCAGACGAAGGCAUUCAUGUGCCAAGUGCUGCUUCGGGGACCCAAGACGGUCGGAGACCUUGUACAAGUCGCCCACCAAGUGCGCAGCGCCGUGUUGCAUUAA